GAAGUCUGCGAUAAGAACGUGACUCGACCUGUGGCACUUCAUGCAUCCAGUACUGGUGAGUUGGCAUCGCUGCAGGCCAUUGUCUACCAUGGCUGGCCAGUGGUAGGUGGCUGUCGCCUCCAAGCGGCACAACCUGCAAUUUUCCAGCCGCGAGUAGCCGUGCUGAUCGGGUCCCUGCUCCGUGGUCUUCACAAGUUGGGACACAUGCUCCGGAGACUGUUUCGAGACAGACGGAUUCGAUAUCGGAUCUUCAUCUAUUCUUCACCGCUACUGGCCAUGGGAAACAACUUGGGCUGUGUCCAACUGCUGGAUGGCCUUCUCCAAGACAUGCCUCAUCGCCUCACGGUCAGAUAUGCCACACGGAGCGAGAAUCUGCAGGAGGAAGAGUUUGAAAGGACGGUGCACUCCAGGCAUAUGAGACAGUGGUUCAAACUGGAACGAGCAUAUGACAUGAUGGAGGCCUAUGAGCAGAAGCAUCAAAGCUUUGAUUUGGUCUUAAAACUGAGGACGGAUGUGUUUCUGCCGGCACCACUUGACCUGGCCGACUUUCCGGAAGUCCUCACUUCCCGAACAAUUUACAGCUUUACGGAUGUUGCUUUCCUGUCACGGCGAGAUGUUGCCCAGAGCUUGUUGAAAGGAGUGACAAGAAAACUGGCCCAAUAUGCCGGUAACCAACGUUCGCUAUUCCCUCUGAACCUUGAGCGAUUGCUACGAAACGGGUGGGUAAAUGGCUUUCGAUUGCAGACCUUUCCAGACAUUGGUACUGCAGGACUUCCUGAGGCCAUUGCCUCGGGACGCCCAGAACUUUGCGUUGCUUUGCUGCGUCGCCACCUGGCAGAGCUGCAGAUGGGCUUCGAGCAGAACCUGACGAGAACCUUCUCGGGGCAUUGGAGGUUUCGACCGGACACACCAGAGUAUCAAGCCUGGUUGAGAGAUGGGAAACUGGCCCCGGACUCGCAGAUGUGUUCCGUGACGCGGUGGUUCUACCUGAUCCACAGGACUUUGCCCGAGGUGUUGCCACGACAUUGGCCCGGUCAGGGUACAGGCAAGAUGGGCCUCUUCCCUGAACGCUUUGCCUGGCAUUGCAACUGUGAGCCGCCCGGCUGUUGGCCUUUCGUUUGGGGAAAUGUGCCUCCAGCACUAGUUCACGGGGUUGACUGGAUUCAACACCCGGAGACUGGUUCUUGGCUCUCCCUGCGCUCUGCUGGUGUCACAGAUGUAGAUGUGCAAUGA